GUGUGAAUGUGUUUUUUUUUUUUUUUUUUUUUUUUUUUGGUUCAGUCUGUAGGAGACAGUGAGUGGAGGCAAGGGUUGUGUUCUAAUUUAGAUGAUUUAGGUUUAUCAUCCGAGAUUACACGCGUCUUGUUGUUUUGUUGUGUAUGAGUUUGCUCUGCUGUGAGGGGAGGUAUUCUCGUGAAGGAAUAGACUGAUUAUUUGUGUUUUGGUGUGGAGCGUACAAGGCAAUCCGUGCAGCUUUCAUGGCGGCUGUGAUUUUGUCUUCAAUUUUACUGAAAUCAAGUGUGUCAGAGUAGUUGUAAGAUCAGCUGUACAUUUUCAUUUUUGAGUGUGGUGUGGUGUGUACUUUUGUCAUGUUGUAUUCUUAGCCGUGAAGUGCGUGUAGCAAGUAGCCACAGUUGCUCCAUUUAGCGGUUAGCUACGUGAUCGAAGCUUUCUCAGUUAAGCGGCGAGAGAUGCGCUGGAAGUACUCUAUCUAGGUGAAAUUUGACAACGGAUCUCCAAAUGGAAAAACAUUAUGCGUUAGAAACCACGAAACGGACUUGCAGCGGCCGAAUGUUCUUCGUUUAUCGUCACUGGUUGAAGCGAGGUAGCUGUGGUGUCUAGUUCGUUUUGAGGUCUUUGAGAGAAUCACUAGUUGCUGCACUCAAGCCUAUUCUGGCGAAACUUUGAAGGACCGAAUAUACUAAGGGAGAUCGGCGAUUGGUGGCGCGCGUUUACCUUCUUUCGAUCCUUGACUCUGUGCUUCUUAUGAUUAUCAGGCAUGGUGCAGUGAAGUCGGCGCUUCCGCGAAGAGUAGAAAGUGUGAGCAUCAGUGAAAAUUUGCUGGGUCUCAAUGACUCGUAUUCUAAGCAGAAAGCCAGAUUUGAGUCAGUUUCUACGGAAGAGCGAGCGCAGACGCUUGAAGGCGAGAAAGCUCUUGUGAAGAGUGAGUAUUGCUAGCUUAUUGUUAGACAGGCUUUGGGACAUCAGUACCCACUAUGCCCACUGCAGGAUAGAAAGUGAAGAUUGUCGAGGCGGGAAAGGGAUUGUCCUGGAGCGAGCUCCAAGCGGUGGACACAUCGGACAUACAGCAAUGGAUAGGCAGGUUGCGUUCGGGAAUUUUUUGCGCGAGUUGGGAGGUGAAAAGAGCGGUCCCAAGAGUGGAGGCAUGGAUGGUGCUGGUCCCGGUCAAGGGUCACACCCGCCAGUAGGUUUACGUCCGCACACUCCGAUUCCGGUUUCGGGGGCCGGCAGCUCCACAUUACAAGGUGGCUCAUCAGUGUCCAAUGCGAGUGUACCCAUGGCUCCAAGAAUGGAGAUGACUAUCGGUGGAUCACCCCUUCAAAGGAGUUUACUGCCUUUGAAGAGAAAGAGGGGGAGACCCCGAAAGUACGCGACUGGUGAUACACCUCAAGUUACUGCAUCAGGUUUAGGGAACAUUUCUCUUUUUUCUGCACUUGCCAAGCAAAUUGCAGCUCCGUAUACACCUCCUCCAAAUAAGUCGGAAAAGCGGGGAAGAGGUCGUCCAGUAGGCUCUACCAAAAAGCAACAAUUAGCAAAUCUGGGAGUUGUGUUAGCAGGAACGGGAAAAAGCUUCACACCUCAUAUAUUGACCGUUAGCACUGGAGAGGAUGCUUCAUCAAAGAUCAUGCAAUUUGCACAGCAUGGUCCACGUGCUAUGUGCGUAUUGUCUGCCAAUGGUGCUGUUUCAAAUGUCAUGCUGCGCCAGGACUCGUCAUCAGGUGGCACUGUCACGUACGAGGGUCGGUACGAGAUACUAUCCUUGUCAGGUUCAUAUCUUCCUACAGACGGUGAAGAUGGAGAAAAGCAACGAACCGGAAGCGUAAGUGUGUCUUUGGCGGGAAGCGAUGGAAGAGUUUUUGGCGGGAGGGUUGCUGGAGUGCUCAUGGCAGCUUCUCCAAUACAGGAGACUCAUCCUCCAUUAGAACGCCUCCUGCAGUGCAACGAAUACCAGCACCCAAAAGUUCAGGUGCUGGACCUCGAGAAGGGCCUCAGGCGCCAUCUCCAAGUGGUCAGACAUCUGAACAAAGACCACAAGCUAUUGGCGUAUUCCAACCUGUUGAAGGCUGGGGCAUUGCACCACAUGUGUCCUUUUUGGGGGACAACCGGAGAGCAGAUAUCAACAUAUCUUUGGCAGGGUGAGAGCUGCUUCUUCUGGAGACGGCGAGUACUUCUUCAACGACAGCCGUUUUUUGUAGCAUUCUGCUGCAGUGGAAUUGAAAUAUCUUUCAAAGAAAAGGUUGGAUGUGAAGUAGGUCACUGGCCUAGACGAGAAGGAAUUGGCUAUGUAUAUAGCUUGUUCUCAAAGCUUGCGAUACCGGUCUGGCCCAGUCCCACGACCAACGGUUUCAGCGAUUCCGGUUACCAACAGAGAUCCUGAUGGUCGUUGUGUUUUACUUCAACCUCUGGAGUGAUAGCUGCAACGAACGAUUCCUUCUUGUGCAGCUCUUCGUGAACUUCAAGCAAGAAUGUCCCGUCAUCAUGUACGUGCACCUGUUUGUGCGCUCCUGGUAAAGUCAUUUUCAGGUUCACAUAAACAAGAUCGUCCUUCACCGUCCUUAGAGAUUGCAGGAUGUUCUCGAUGUCCCUCACUACAGGUUUCGAUGGAGUCGACGCUAACUAUAUAAACUUAUUGGGACUGUGAAAUUAUGUGUACUAAAAGCGUACAAGACACAAUGCAGUGCUGGACUUACGCAGUAGAGACCCUUUAGUUUUAUGUAAUAAGUAUGCCAUGUAACUCCACUUCGAUGGUCUGACUCUUGAUUCUCCGCUGUAUGUUAUGCUUAAGCUGCUUAAUGUGAUAGUUGAUUACUUGGCUUUGAUUCA